GGCGGCGGCACCCAAUCCGCCCUUAGAUCUCUUUCUCACGGGCAGCGCCACCCUGAUAUCGCCUCUUCACGUCGUCCACCUGGGGCGCCCAUCGGCAUGGCCGGUGUUGGAAGGGGGAUGGGGCGGGGCUGUGGCGAUGGCAAGCUGCGAACAGUGGGGGUCGUCGCCGGCGUCCAUGGCCCAUCUCAAGAGACUAUUCCCGCUUGUCAGGGCAGAGGUCACGGCAGCGGCAGUGUGACGAUCCCCGUCGACCAUUCAUCGGGAGGACAAGCAACGGGAUUUCUGGAUGACAUCAACCGAAGCGGAUUUGCCACCGGGGUGGCUCGUCAGGGUGGCAUAAGCAGAGGCCUGGAGGUUCCACUGCCGGUUAAAGAACCAACUAUAGGUAAUGCAAAUGAUAUAACAAACAUAUGGUGUCAUGGGAAAUCAUUGGAAGGACAAGCAUGGGAGUGUGGAUAUUGUGGUUUAGUUAGACAUGGUGGGGGUUCAACCCGAUUCAAGCAGCAUAUAGCUGGACUGGGCCCUCAUGUCUUCUCUUGCAUGAAUGCACCUCAUCACGUAGUUGCCAUUUUUCGGAAAGCCAUUCCAGAGGGAGAGGCCCGGAGAAGGACUUCCAAAGAAGGAAAGAAAAGAGUGGUAGCUGAGGUCAAUCAUAUGAACAAUCAAGGUGCAGCAAUACAUAUCGAUUGUGAAGAUGAAGAUGAUGAGGUACUCCAGUAGACCCUACGAAAUUCGUUACGUGAAGAUCAUGGGAGAACCAGUGCUGUUAAAGGAAGUGUAGGGAGCAGCUCAAGUGGUGUCAAAGACUUUUUUGACGUUGACUUGGCAUAUAGCAAGACUAGGCCACAUCAGACAAUGGAGGCGUGUAUUAGCAAGGUGGAAUAUGAAUCCAGGAUUGGGAAGGCUUGGGCAAAAUGGUUUCACGCUAAUGACAUCCCUGGGCACAAAGCCAAUUGUCCGUACUUCGUAGGAGCAAUAAAAUUGACUCAAGACCUUGGCAAAGGGGUGCCUGCCCCUAAAGGGAUAGAUAUUGAUGGAGUUUAUUUAAAUAGCAAUUAUGAAGAGUUGCAGCAGUAUGUGGCCAAGUUCAAAGAUGAUUGGCCCACAUAUGGUGUUACUAUCAUGUCAGAUUCGUGGACUGGCCCUUCACGGAUGAGCAUCAUAAACUUUAUGGUGUUCUCCAAUGGGCGUAUGUAUUUCCACAAAUCUGUUAAUGCCACCGGACACAUGCAAAAUUCACAGUUUGUGUUUGAGCACAUCAAAGAAGUGAUCGAAGAGAUAGGGCAGCAACAUGUUGUCCAACUUGUGACCGACAAUGGCUCUAACUUCAAGAAAGCAUGUCUUGACCUUGUUGCAGAUUUCCCACACAUCACAUGGCAGCCAUGUGCGGAUCACACCAUUAACCUCAUGUUGAAGGAGAUGGGAUGCUUUUCUGAGAUUAAUGAAGUGGUUAGUAGUUGUAAGAGAAUUUGCAGAUUCAUGUACAAUCAUUCAACUUUGCAUGCUGAAAUGCAGAAGCACAUAGGUGGAGAGUUGGUGCGCCCGAAUGCCACAAGGUUUGGAACUAACUUUAUGUUCCUAGAAAGCUUUUGGGAUAAGCAAGAGAAAUUCCAAGUGUGGAUGACAUCUCCAGAGUGGAAAAAUAGCUCAUGGAGUUCCGAGGUUGAUUAUGACUACACAUAUGAUUGUUUGAUAAGUAGGACCUGGUUGAAUAGCGUGAAGUGGGUGCUAGAUUUAAUUGGCCCAAUAUAUAGCAUACUUAGAUAUGCUGAUUCACAGAAGCUUGGGUCACUUUCUGGCUUUAUGACAAGGAUGAUGCAUUCUAGGCAUCAAUUGAGUUCUUUGUUUUGUCAUGAUUCUCUAGACCAAAACAAGUACCUAAAGGUGGUCGACAAAAGGGUU